AAUGUUCAAGGACGGACGACAUGGUGGGUACGAGCGAUAAAUGAACACAAACUUUUCAUUCCGUGUGCCUUGCAAUUCCAAUGCCACGAUAACAUUCAUAUCUUUAGCAAACUCUAAUCAUUGGCACGGAAACACCGUUAUCUAUUGAUAACGUCGAAUUUCUGCCCGGGCCCUCUUUUGUUCAAUGAUGCAAGAUGAUCAGGAACUAAAGACAACUAAACUUCCCAAUUCAGAAGGAUACAUCAGCACUGCAUAUGUCGUUAUGAGCAGAUGAAGUGACCUUCCGGAUUGACAACAAGUGUUGCAGGGUUCGUGGUACCUGUCUAUCAUUUGGUCAAUGCCCUUCAUAUCUUCAAAAGUUCCUUAAAACGGGACAUAUCUUGGUAGGUCCUGCCAUUGGUAUUUGCUAAGCUCAUUCAUUCAAUCACAAUGCAUUUUCCUUAUAUUGCUUCAGUUGCGUUGAUUGUUCCCGGAAUCAUUGCUGCUACUCUUCCGAGUGUUAAUACUCAUGCCUCUCGUUCAUCACUUGUUUCCCAUGAGAAGCGAAACUUCCCCCGUACACGAUGGAUGAAGCGAGACCGAAUUGCCAGCACAACUUUACUUCCUGUGCGUAUUGGUUUAUCUCAAAAUAAUCUUGAGAAGGGACAUGACUUCCUCAUGGAUGUGUAAGUAGUCUAUGAUACACGGGAUCCGAGUAUUAUAUCCUGUAUCAUUCUAUUGUACUAAAUGCUUUGCAGCUCACAUCCAAAAUCCUCAAAUUAUGGCAAACACUGGACAGCAGAACAAGUAAAUAAAAUGUUUGCACCUUCAGAAGUAGCGAUUGAUGUUGUUCGGAAUUGGCUGGUCGACUCAGGGAUUGCUGCUAGUCGAAUUGUUCACUCUGAUACAAAGGGAUGGUAUGCAUUUGAUGCCACAACGAGUGAGCUUGAGGCAUUGCUCAAUACUCAGUAUUAUACAUAUGAGCAUUCAUCAACUGACGAAAUAGCUGCUGCAUGUGAUGAGUAAGAUAUUCUUUUCCCUGUUUUCUCAAAUCUGAGUUUCCUAUUGAUUCGUAUCAAUUCGUGUUAAACAGCGGGAGAAAGAUGCUAAGCAGAAUACCAUAGAUACCACCUUCCAGCCCAUGUUCAACAGCAUGUGGAUUACAUCACUCCAGGUGUCAAACUAAUCUCCACGAAGAAGGCAGCAUCGUCCAAACGCAGCAUUCUUGACGGGGCAAAAGGCAAGGGCCAUGAACCAUUACGACGACUAAAAAGUUCCUUCGGAGGUUACUCACACUACAACUUAAGCUCACUAGCGACUUGCGAUGAGGUUAUCACUCCAGCAUGUGUCAAAGCACUCUAUCAAAUACCUCCCGCCAGUAAAGCAAACCCUAAUAAUGCAAUGGGCAUUUGGGAAUCGGGAGACUUCUACGAUCAAGAAGACUUGAACCUAUUCUUUGCUAAUUAUACCCCAUAUAUUCCUCAGGGUACACAUCCAAUUCCUAAUUUUGUGGAUGGCGCUGUGGCUCCAGUUCCUGUCUCCGAAGCAGGUGGGGAAAGUUUAUUAGACCUUGAAUUGGCAUAUCCUUUAGUGUACCCUCAGAAACUGGUGCUAUAUCAAACGGAUGAUAUCAACUAUUCCAGUGAAAAUCCCACUUUGGGCGCAUUCAACACAUUUCUGGAUGCUAUUGAUGGGGUAUAUAUUCCCAAUCCUCAAUUCCAGGCAUGAAACUGACCACUUCUACUAGUCGUACUGUACAUACUCAGCUUAUGGCGAGACUGGGAAUGAUCCUGUUCUUGAUCCUGUUUAUCCAGAUUCUGCAGGUGACGGAUAUAAAGGAAAAUUGAUGUGUGGUGUUUACAAACCCACAAAUGUAAUCUCAACAUCCUACGGAGAAGCAGAGAUAGAUCUUCCCGAAUACUAUAUGAAGAGGCAAUGUAAUGAGUAUGUAGUAUUGUCAUAUAUUCAGUGAUCAAAUGCUUACGCGGAGAUAGGUACUUGAAACUUGGGCUACAAGGACACACUUUCCUCUAUUCUUCUGGAGAUUUCGGCGUUGGUGGAUUUCCUGGUGAUGCUACAGAAAGCGGAUGUUUGGGUCCAAAAGAAAAUGUUUUUAAUCCUCAGUUUCCUGUUAAGUGUGUAUUCCCAAUUCCAUCUUCCCCAAACCUAUAACACACGGCCUUGUGUAUGUGGGCCAUGAUUCAAUAUUGACAAUUCAAAGUUGUCCAUAUGUAACAGCAGUCGGUGCCACAAAAGUCUACCCAGGCCAUACAGUUUUUGAGCCAGAAAGUGCAGCCAACGACCUCAAAGGUCAACCAUAUUCUCGUGCAUACUCUUCUGGUGGAGGAUUUAGCAAUGUCUACGAAACACCUUCUUACCAGAAAGAGGCAGUGGCCGCGUAAGUUCCUCCCUAUAUCAGUAUAUUGCUAUAAUUUAACUAAUUAUUGCAGAUAUUUUGCGCACCACAAUCCUCCCUAUCCUUACUACGAGGCCACUGCCAGUAGCAAUGUAACUUUGGGGGCUAAUGGUGGACUUUAUAAUCGUGCUGGAAGAGGUAUUCCAGAUGUGUCUGCAAACGGAGAUAAUAUCGCAACCUUUCUAGGAGGAAACUUUUCUUUGAGUGGGGGUACAAGUGCGAGUACGUCUUUCUCAAUCCAAAUAUUUCUCUUUCAAUUUUACUAAUCUUAUCUAGGCACGCCAAUCUUCUCUUCCGUCAUUAACUUGGUAUGUGGGAUUCCACGCUCUGAUUAGCAAGUACUAACGAAAUCUAUAGAUCAAUGAAGAACGUCUCGCGAUUGGAAAAUCUACCGUCGGAUUUAUUAAUCCAGUACUCUAUUCUAAUCCUCAUGUUCUGAACGAUAUCACUAAUGGAAGUAAUCCUAACUGCGGUACUGAUGGGUUUAGUGCUGUGUCUGGGUAUGUUUUUCUCUAAUUGUUGGUGAACGAGCUUUUUGCUAAUGGUGUCUUGUAGGUGGGAUCCUGUUACUGGUCUUGGAACGCCUAAUUAUCCUAAGUUAUUGCAGUUGUUUCUCAGUUUGCCUUGAUUGGUUGCUAGAAUCUGGUAAAACAGGAGCAUAUGACGGCCAGGUAGAUAGAUGUGUUGGAGAAUUCAGGGGUAGCGAUAUUUAAGGAUAUUUACGUGGAGAUGAAAUUUGAUCUAGCUAGAUGGUAGAUCUGCGUGUUUUUACCAGUUAGAACUAUGGGAAAUAUCAUAAGAGCUCAUAUUCAUAACUUGAAAUAACAUAAAAUAAUAAUCUAAACACGGUCUAAAUAUAAUGA